UGUUUCAUACGGGUCUCCGCCUCAGGGAAGAGUGUGAAGGAAUUUUCGCCGAGGUCAUUCUGUGUAUCUAUGGGGAAGGGCGCGACGCCGACGGGCGUGACGGCGACGCAAUAGUGUCUCGGUAGCGCUGCCGCCUGGAGGACGCCUGGGAGAAGCGCGCCCAGGACGGCCACGGUGAUACUCCGGGAUACGCCUGCCCGGCCUGGGGGGAAGCCAGCAUGAGUUUCAGGUAUAGAAAAUAAGAGUGUGACCAGUGUCUGAAACUGGAGGCAACCCAGUGAAGUGGAAGACUCUACUUGGCCCUAUAGGCAUUUUAUAAUCUGACCCAUGUGCUACUUGAUGCCGAUCCUUGCACCGGAUUCCAACUUGGUGAUAUGCUUUUUAAAAGUAGGAGUCUUAAGGGAAAUCUAAGUUCAUUUCAAGGCAUUCGAAAUGGGGAAAGACUAUUAUGGCAUUUUGGGAAUUGAAAAAGGAGCUUCAGAGGAGGAUAUUAAAAAGGCUUACCGAAAACAAGCCCUCAAAUUUCAUCCGGACAAGAACAAAUCUCCUCAGGCAGAGGAAAAAUUUAAAGAGGUCGCAGAAGCUUACGAAGUAUUGAGUGAUCCUAAAAAGAGAGAAAUAUAUGAUCAGUUUGGGGAAGAAGGGUUGAAAGGAGGAGCAGGAGGUACUGAUGGACAAGGAGGUACCUUCCGGUACACUUUUCAUGGUGAUCCUCAUGCCACAUUUGCAGCAUUCUUUGGAGGUUCCAACCCCUUUGAAAUUUUCUUUGGAAGACGAAUGGCUGGUGGUAGAGAUUCUGAAGAAAUGGAAAUAGAUGGAGAUCCUUUUAGUGCCUUUGGAUUCAGCAUGAAUGGAUAUCCAAGAGACAGGAAUUCUGUGGGCCCAUCCCGCCUCAAACAGGAUCCUCCAGUUAUUCAUGAACUUAGAGUAUCACUUGAAGAGAUAUAUAGUGGUUGUACCAAGCGGAUGAAGAUUUCUCGAAAAAGGUUAAAUCCUGAUGGAAGGAGUUAUAGAUCUGAGGACAAAAUUCUCACCAUUGAGAUUAAAAAAGGGUGGAAAGAAGGAACAAAAAUUACUUUUCCAAGGGAAGGAGAUGAAACACCAAAUAGUAUUCCAGCAGACAUUGUUUUUAUCAUUAAAGACAAAGAUCACCCAAAAUUUAAAAGAGAUGGAUCAAAUAUAAUUUAUACUGCUAAAAUUAGUUUACGGGAGGCAUUGUGUGGCUGCUCAAUAAAUGUGCCAACAAUGGAUGGAAGAAACAUACCAAUGUCAAUAAAUGAUAUUGUGAAACCUGGAAUGAGGAGAAGAAUUAUUGGAUAUGGGCUGCCAUUUCCAAAAAAUCCUGACCAGCGUGGUGACCUUCUAAUAGAAUUUGAGGUGUCCUUCCCAGAUACUAUAUCCUCAUCAUCUAAGGAAGUACUUAGGAAACAUCUUCCUGCUUCAUAGAAUGAAGAACUUUGUUUCCCAUAUUUUGAUAAGGCACUGAAAAUAUAAAGACUGGCAGUUUACUGAUGUAGAUGUGAAUUCUGUAUAAAGACGUGUAAAUUCUUUUGAGGGUUCAUUUAAUUGCAUGAAUACAGACGGGUCAAAUAAAUAGGCAAAUGGGAUUUUUGCAGUUAGAGAAAACUCACUCACUGUAUUUUAUUUCAUUUCUCCCAAAUCAGACAUUUGUAGUAUUUUGCUUAUAUGUAAAAAUUUUUGUGGGGGUUCUGCAGAUGGCAUAGUGAGUAGUUAAGGCACUAGACUCUCACAUGGCAAACCACGGCUUGAUUCCCAGACCUGGUGGCAUGAAGAUUAUGUUGAA